ACUAUUCUCCUCGAUUCAUCACUUCAAUUACUGAUCUCCAGCCGGUACCCUAAAGACACCGCAAAACUCCCGUAUCACUAAACCAUUUGCAUCUUCUUUCACCACCAAUACACAAAUCUCCAAAGAUGCCUUUCUUCUCCCGCCGUGAAGACGAGGUCGAGCCAGAGCCCCAAUACGAGGAGCCAGCCCACAAGCGCGGCCUCUUCCACCGCCGCGAGGCAUCGCCCACCCCAACCACCUCGACCAACAGGACCACGUCCACAUACCGGACCUCACAGUCCUCGGUUUCCGACAGACCCUCUCGCGGCGGCAGCCUCCUGCACAAGUUCGGCAGGGGCAGCAAUGAGGAGCUGGACCCCAGCAUCGUCCAGGCCCGCGAGCGCGUCAUGAGCGCCGAGGCCGCCGAGAGGGAGGCCGACCGCGUGCUGGAGACGGCACGCCGCGAGGUCCGCGAGGCCCGCGAGCAUGUCAAGAGGCUCGAGCUCGAGGCCAAGGAGGAGGCCAGGCUCGCCAAGAUCAAGCAGUACCAUGCCAGGGAGGUGUCGAAGCGCGGAAAGGCUCUUGGCCGUCACGAUCUGUAAUCAAAUGGGUCUAUCCACCUACCACCAUCAUCAAAGUCCUCAGGAGGACUUUUCACUUUUCAUUUGUUUUGGGAUCUCCAUAUCACUGUACAUUUUAAGAUCCACAUGUUAUCUAUUUCUUUUGUGCUGAAUGAUUUCACGUCUUUGGGAUUUUGAGAUUGGAGCGGGGAGUUGGAAAGCAUCAGUAUACCACGCGCAAAAUUACAAAAUAUUCCAGAAGAGACAGAGAGAGGAGAGAUCCUGUAUAUUUCCUGUGUGACUUGUCUCGAGUACUUAGGUAGCGAACGUUAACGUUGACUGCCUGUUGAAGCC